GACCUCAAUUGGCUGCGUCGUCUUCACGAUGUCUGGCGCUGCGGGGCUGCAGGAUGUGGUGGAGUAUACCGCGGGCAGGGACGAUUAACCUCGUUCCAUCCCGAGUGUGGAGUUAGACGCGGAGUCGAUUUCAGGCGAUUAGCUUCUGAGAAACAUCACAUUCUGCUCCUCGAAUCGAGAGUCGGGUUCUUCUGGUUUGACCGCGCCGGAGUAAAUUGUAAUUUGCCGCUGCUGACGCGCUGACGUCUCGACUUCAUCCGGAGUCGAUCCGCUCGUUAACGAUGAACUUCGCCGAUUCUUCGUCUGGUAUCGACAUCCAUGCCUAUACCAGAGAGAACGCAGAGGAAGGAAGGCCCGUUCGAAAAUGCUAUACUACAGCGUCUUGUGGACUGCUUGGCGUCACUGCUUCACUUCGGAAGACGAUGAUACGGAACGUUCGGACGAGGGAUCAUUGAUCAUCUAACAUAUCUCCUACGGCUAUGCUCCAUUGGUACUGUCAGUGGAUUACCC